CAUCACGACCAGAAAGAAGAAUUCUUGGGGGAGGGAGAUCAAAGGCAGGAGUCAGACGAUGGCCGACGGCUGAUGGCGAGCCGACAGAGGGUCAUCAUCGCCCUCGACCUGGACGCCUUCUAUGUGGCGGCUUCGCGCAAGCGCGAUCCCUCGCUCGUCGGCCUGCCAGUGGGCAUCAAGCAAAAGAACAUCCUGGCCACCUGCAGCUAUGAAGCGCGACGGCGCGGCGUGGCCAAGCUCGACGGUGUGAGAGAUGCGCUCACCAAGUGUCCCGAGCUCGUCCUCGUGGACGGCGAGGAUCUGAGCUACUUUCGCGACGUCUCCCGGCAGGUCUUUCGCCUCGUCACGAGGUUCUUGAAGGGUGUGUCCGUCGAGAGGCUGGGCAUGGAUGAGCUCUUUUGCGAUGUCACCGACUUUCUCGACGAGUGGGCGGGGCCUGCUGCUGCGGACGAUGACUCCUUCGUUGGUAACCUCUUGCCCUCCAACGCUGCCACUCCUCCUCGGGCCAGCCAUGCUGCCAAGCUGCGCCGGGCUUCGCAUCUGGCGCUCGAGGUCCGCUCCCUGGUGUCGCAACAGAUCAACCUCACGUGCAGUGCCGGGAUAGCCUCUUCAAAGCUCGUUGCCAAGAUGGCCGGCAAUGUGCACAAGCCCAACCAGCAGACGGUGUUUGCGCCUCUGGACGAGACUGCCGACGAGGCUGUGCGCCUGUUCCUCGAUCCCUACCCGCUUCGUCAGAUCAAUGGUUUCGGCUCCUCGAUUGUGCGCCAGCUGUGCGACUCGAUUGCCGAUCCCCACUCGCCCUCGCCGUCGACGAUCGAUGCGUCGCAGCUCACCGUCGCCCUCGCCCGGCAGGUGUUUGAUCGCGAGAAGCUCAUCGGCCUCUUUGGAGCUCGCAUAGGUAAUCGCCUCUGGCAGCUCGUUCUUGGUUCCGACGAUGAACCGGUGCAGCCGUCGCCCGAGAUCCCGGCGCAGAUCAGCAUCGAGGACACAUACCGUGUGCCGCUGCACACCGAGUCUGCCGUCAAGGCGCAGAUCCUAACGCUCAGCACCAGCCUCCUAAGGCGCCUCGAGACGGAGCUCAGGGUGAGCGACAGCGACGACGACUCAGUGCCCGCGCUUCCUGAGCUCGUGCCGUACGAGAAGCCGCUCGAUGAGUGGAUCGACCGUGGCAUCCAGGCUACGAUCCGCGACUACCACCGCGUCACCUCGUCGCAGGAGUUGCUUGCAGCGACGGCGGCGGCGGGGCAGCAGCCGUUUGAGUGGAAGCGCUUCCCGCUCAGUCUGCGUCUCUCGAUCUCGCAAAAGAAAUUUGUGCGCGUGAGCCGCCAGACGCGCAUGCCCGUCGACAUCUUCGACACGGCCGUGCCUCGACCCCAGCGCGCACUCGUGCUAGCCGCCAGCGUCCAGGCCCUCUUCCGGACGAUUGUCAAUGCCAAGGAGGACUUUGCGCUCCGGCUGAUCAACAUUGCUGCCACGGACCUGGUGGCCAAGCGGCCGUCGAGGGGCAUUGGCGACUUUCUCCAGAAGCAGCUCCCGCUUGCGUCGCUGUCGGGCGCAGGCGCCGGCGUGGGCGACGAGGACGCUAUGGUGAAUGCGCCUGCCAAAGAAGGUGGAGAGGUAGCCAAGUCGGCGACGGGAGCGGCUGAUCCAUCCGUCGCCAAUGGGCAGGGCAGCAGCAGCGACCAGAGCCAGGAGCGCAUUGACGCAGACGUCUUUCGCCAGCUCCCAUCAGACCUGCAGGCCGAGCUGGCAGCGCACUACGGCCUCGACCCGUCCCUGCUUGUCCCUCUGUCCGAAUAUGAGGAGCAGGAGCGCGAGAUGAAGGAGGAAGUGGCGACAGAGGAAGUCAAGGGGAAGUCAAGGGAAGGCCAGGACGCACUCGUCUGCCCGCUGUGCGCUCAGUCGAUGCUGCCGUACCUGCAGCACGAUCAUGCGCGAUGGCCCCUCCGAGGCUUGCCGAUGGAGGAAUGGCUGGACCACGACGACGACGAAGAACAACAAGAAGAGCAAGAAGGAGACUGGCAAGACAUGUCCGAGCUAGAGUGACAAGGAUUGUUUUCCGCAACUGUACUACUACUGCUAUCGUCUAACAAAGAACAAGUGGCAUGCAAUUGAGCC